AAAACCUCUCGGAAUGAACGCAUUAUACCUGUCCACCGACAUGUCCCACUGACGUGAGAUGAACCCAUGUCCGUGUGCUGUUGUCCCACUCCCACCGAUCCAAGAUUCCGAGAUCGGGCCGAUCAGAGUUCAGCGCAUGGGGACCACCUGCGAAACCACAACGGCCAGGAUGCGACAGACCGAGAGCUGGCUGUUUUUCAACGGGUCAUGAAAGCAAUCGUUCUCGUCCAUGGGCAGCAACGGCUUCACCCGUUGACCGAGGAAGUUCACCCGCGGCCAGCAACGAACGAGAUCUCGCCAUUCCCGAAGUGGAGCUUGGAAAAGCCGAACGACGAGAAGAAAGUCCGUCCGUCAUACUAUACUAAUAAAUACACCCUUCAUCCCACCACCCUUUGCAUUCCUAUUCCAUCAUCACACACAUCUUCAAAUAUGUUCGCCGCUCAGAAAGUUUCACAGUCCGUCGUCGGCGCUGCCCAGCGUCGUGCCUUCUCGGCAUCCGCCAGCAACCUCUCCAAGGUUGUCGUCCUCGGUGCCGGCGGUGGUAUCGGUCAACCUCUCUCCCUCCUCCUCAAGCUCAACCCUCGCGUCACCGAGCUCGCCCUUUACGACAUCCGAGGCGGUCCUGGUGUCGCCGCUGAUGUCGGCCACAUCAACACCCAGAGCAAUGUCACUGGUUACGAGCCCACUCCCGAGGGUCUCGCUGCUUGCCUCAAGGGCGCUGAGAUCGUCGUCAUCCCCGCCGGUGUUCCUCGCAAGCCCGGCAUGACCCGUGAUGCUUCGAUCGCUGACGAGGAUGACCCUCCAGACUUGUUCAACACCAACGCCUCCAUCGUCCGCGACCUUGCCCUCGCCGCCGCCGAGCACUCACCCAAGGCCAAGCUCCUCAUCAUCUCCAACCCCGUCAACAGCACCGUCCCCAUCACCGCCGAGGUCUUCAAGUCCAAGGGUGUCUACGACCCCAAGAAGCUCUUCGGUGUGACCACCCUCGAUGUCGUCCGCGCCAGCCGCUUCAUCUCCCAGAUCAAGAAGUCCGACCCUGCCCACGAGAACAUCCUCGUCGUCGGUGGUCACUCUGGUGAGACCAUUGUCCCCAUCCUCAGCCAAUCCGGCAACACCCUCGAGGGUGCCGAGCGUGACGCCUACGUCAAGCGCGUCCAGUUCGGCGGUGACGAGGUCGUCCAGGCCAAGGACGGUGCGGGUUCCGCCACCCUCUCCAUGGCCAUGGCCGGUGCCCGUUUCGCCGAGUCGCUGCUCAAGGCUGCUCAGGGUGAGAAGAACGUCGUCGAGCCUACCUUCGUCGACUCGCCUCUCUACAAGGACCAGGGCGUCACCUACUUCGCCUCCAACGUCACCCUCGGCCCCGACGGUGUCCAGGAGAUCCACCCCGUCGGUGAGGUCACCGAGUUCGAGCAGGGUCUGCUCGACAAGUGCCUCAAGGACCUCAAGGGUAACAUUGAGAAGGGUGAGAAGUGGGCCAAGGAGAACCCCGGCAAGAACUAA